GAGAAAAUCACGUCUCUUGAUAAUGGAGAGACACAACUAGUGGUUUCUGAGGACUGCCAUGAUGAUGCCAUCAAUUAUUUUUAUGCUGUUGAUGCAGUCAGUAAUAAUGACGGUGUGGAAUUGAUUGGUAAAAUAAGUGGACCGUCUGCUGUAUGUAACCUGUGUUAUAGUGGACUGGAUGUUGGAGGAACAAUAGGAGUUACAUUGGGGGUAGCCGUCUCCAUCAUAAUUAUAAUAUGUCUCUGCUGGUAUAGUAGGAAUAAGUACAAGAAAUCUGAAAUAUCGAAACCGAUACCGAAAGUGAACCUAGAUGAAAACUGGAUGCAUGCUGGUCCCAACGGUCAUAUCGAUGAGAAUGAAGUCUAUGAAGUGUAUGACUUACCCAAAGGUGGAAUGAAAGAUUUCACACAAGAUGAUAGUAGCAUGGAUCAUGUGAAUGGAAGAUCUCGAUUUGCUCGACAGAGUAGUGGAGGUUAUAGUGAUGCAUCCCAGAACUCUGAUAGUCGCUUGAUAAAUAGCUGUGAUGAUGAAGUGUUCACUGUCAAGACCCAAGAUUACCACCCUCCAAAAAAUAAAGAUUUAAAACAAAAAGUAGAUAUGCCUAAUAAGGUGACUCAUCAGUAUAUUCCAAUUAUUAAUUCACCAGGAGCUUGGGAACUCUCACCUUCGCACUCAAGAUUUCCAGCAUUUGAUGCAAGAGUUGCAGAAGAAGGUAUGUAUGACUCUGGUAUGGGUCAGAGUACACAAUUGAACUACAGCCAGAUGAGUCCUGAUGGUGUACUGGUGCCAGUUACCUUCUUCGGACAAACUUCACCGCCAUUUUCAGCAGAUUCAGGAAUCGAUUAUCAAUGGAUGAGUCCUUCUGGACAACUCUCACCACUUCCAUGUGACUAUAGUAAACUUGCCCCGGAUAGAACAACGUCGCCUAGCAUACAGAAAAAGCUGAUCAGUAGGCCCGAAAAUUUCAGUGAAAUAAUGAAUGGACAAGUCCCAGAUGUGACUGUCAUGAGCGUCCAUGGUGUGACACUUUUUAACCCAUUGGUAGGCUUUAAACAGAGUGGCAAAACUCCGCUGCAGAUGGAAACUGCCAGUCAAACCAGCCUGAAAGAAAGCACAGAGCAAGAACUGUCUGAGAUCACACCAUAUUGUGAAGUAUCUGCACUCAAUCAGCAGGCUGCAGUAAACGUAUCACCAGGGUAUGUGACUCAUAAUAGCCCGGGUAAUUCUUGCAUGGCAACUGACUGUUUUAAUUCUGAUUAUUGUAAACUCAGCAGCAUUGAUGUCGGUGAUAUGCAUGAAGGAUUGCCAAAACUAGAAGACCAAGGAUAUGUGCCAAAUGAUUCAUUGAAUGUGUCUAAUCAUCAAACUCAACCUGUUGUGUCAGCGAGUUACGUAGCUCACAAUGACAUGCCAGAUGCAGGAUUACCAACUCAAUCUGUUGUGUCAGCGAGUCAUGUAGCUCACAAUGACAUGCCAGAUGCAGGAUUACCAACUCAAUCUGUUGUGUCAGUGAGUCAUGUAGCUCACAAUGACAUGCCAGAUGCAGGAUUACCAACUCAACCUGUUGUCUUAAUGGGUUAUGUAACUCAUGAUAACAUGGCAAACCCAAAGGACCCAUAAUAAUGAAGGAACCAACAUAGACAGAUGAGCUCACUCAUGUUAUACAUAGUGGGACAUAGACAGAUGAACUCACUCAUGUUAUACAUAGUGGGUUAUGUUACACGCAACAUGGCACUUCCCACCUUGUAAAAAGUUUAUAGUUAAUUACAGUAUUAACCCGGAUGGACUCAACUUGAGUCAUCAACUGAUAUGUGAACACUGCAUACAUUUCCUGUGUGUGACUAUAAUUCACUAAUGAAGCAAUGUUGAAGCAACACUAAGUGUCUCCCAGAUUUUCUUCAUUUUAGGAUGAUGUAUCUACUUUGUGUUUGUAUAUUUGGUUGGAGUUUGCUUCAGCCAUAAAUUUCAAGUUUUAACUGUCUACAAAACAAAUAAUAUCAGGUGAUAACCUCGUAAAAUCAAAGGUCACAUAGUUUUGAUUGAAACACUGUAUUGAAAUUAUUAUGUUUAUAUACGUAUUAUAUGCUCUGUAACCUAUGGCGCUGUGCACUACAAUAAUGUUUGUUAUUGUACUUGAGUUAUUGUACUUGAGUUAUUGUACUUGAGUUAUUGUACUUGAGUUAUUGUACUUGAGUUAUUGUACUUGAGUUAUUGUACUCUGUUUGACCCUUGACUUUUCCACCUGAUCAAAGAAAACACAAACCAAAUAAUGCCAAAGUGUACGAUGUACAAGAACUUAAAUUCUGGUAUUUUGUUAAUACCCGGUAACCUUAUUAUCGUACAUUUUUUAUUUUUUUAAAAGCUGGAAAGAAAAGGUCAGCUAAAAUAUUGUAUAGCUAUGAUUUUGUGUCUUGGACAAUAUCCUCACUGUAUUAUGUACUGAAUUCUUGUAUGAUGGAUGUUAUUGCAUUGUAUCGUGGAACAAGAUCAAAAUAUCGUAUUUAGAUACUAUAGAAUACUUUAUUUUCGCUUGGAAUUUAUUUUCGCUAUUUUCGCUGAAAGGAUGAUUCCGU